UUCCGCUUCUCUACAAACCUACACCAGUUGCGCGCUCUGUUGAAUUUGAGCAGCAGUAUCACCGUCCGUCUUCUCUCUGUGCAUCUUGUUCGUCGGAAGUUCUUCCACAAGUAUCGGUGCGGUUGGCUCCAGUCGAUGGAAGGUUCAUCUUCCGGUCUCUCCACUUGUCGUCCAUGGAUGUACGAUGUGUUCUUGAGCUUUAGAGGCGAAGACACCAGGAGAAACUUCACCGACCACCUUUAUCACGCCCUUAAAGAUGCCGGAGUCAACACUUUCAGAGACAAUGAUGCGCUUCCCCGAGGAAAAGUAAUUUCAUCUGAACUUGGAAAAGCCAUACAAGGGUCAAGGAUAUCAGUGAUUGUUUUCUCGAGGAACUAUGCUCAUUCAAGAUGGUGUCUCGAGGAGCUCGUGAAAAUAAUGGAGUGCAGGCAAGACCUGGGGCAAUUGGUUCUUCCCGUGUUCUAUGACAUCGAUCCUUCGGAUGUGCGGAAACAGACGGGCAGUUUUGCAGAGGCAUUUGCUAAUCUCGAAGAACGAUUCAAGGGAGAGAAGGACAAAGUUGUUCAGUGGAAGGCGGCUCUCACACAAGUGGGAAAUUUAUCAGGCUGGGUUCUCAGAAAUGUUGCAGAUGGGCAUGAAGGGGAGUUUAUCAGGAAAAUCGUUGACGAUGUGCUGAAAGGGUCAGUUCUUAACACUAAUGCUGAUGGGAAGAUGGAUAGCCUUCGUCGAAAGCUGGAGAGACUAAGUGGCAGGGAAUCUGACGUCCUCACGGAAGUUGGAUAUGCAGAAUCAAGGCUCGGAAAUAGAAGGAAGAGAGAAGUCGAGAACUGGCUGAGAAAUGUCCAGAGAGUAAAGGACGACAUCUUGGGAAUAGAUCCACAAGUUGCAGACAGGGGAGUUCGUCCACAGGUAAGCUUGGUGAAUCAAAUAAACCGAUUGACCACGGAGGUGGAGGAGCUCAUAGAGCAAGGUGAAUUUUCUAGAGGGCUCACGCACGUUGAAGAAGAUACCAGGACAUACGAGUUGUUGACUGUGGAAUUGGUUGGUGAGGCUUUCAGACGAAAUCAAGAUAGAGUGCUGUCUCGUUUGAUGGAAGAUGACGUGUUGACCGUCGGCAUUUAUGGUAUGGGUGGAGUUGGAAAAACAACCCUCGUCACCCAUGUCCAUAACCAUCUCCUAAAGGCAAGCCCUUUGAGGAAAGUAUGCUGGGUAACAGUGUCCCAAGAAUGUGAUGUUCCUACAUUGCAACAAAGGAUAUGGGAAUGUUUUAAACAUGACCUGAUAAAGAAGGAAGAUAAAAUCAAACAGGCUGCCGAAUUAUCACACUUACUGAAGAGAGAAAGCACCAUCAUUAUUUUAGAUGAUCUAUGGCACGCUUAUGAUCUGCAGGAGGUUGGAAUUCCACUUGGUGUGAAUGGAUGCAAGUUAAUUCUAACAACUCGGUCCUUGGACAUAUGUCGGCAGAUGAAUUGCGAUGAACUGGUUGAGCUAAAGUCGCUUCCUGAAAAUGAAGCCUGGCAACUGUUUGUAAAAAAUCUUGGACGAGGAGUUGUUUUCGCUCCUGAAGUAGAAAGUGUUGCGAAGUCUGUUGCAAAGGAAUGUGCGGGAUUGCCUCUUGGUAUAGUGGUGGUUUCUGGAAGUAUGCGAGGGAAGGAGGAGGACAUUCACGAGUGGAGAAGUGCCCUGAAUGAGUUAAAAGAAGCAAGGUUUGAAGGUAAAGGCAUGGAAGAUAAGGUAUUCAGAGUACUAAAGUUCAGUUUUAUUCGCCUGAAUGAUCAGGUUGUGCAACAGUGUUUCCUGCAUCUGGCACUGUACCCUGAGGAUUUUGUCAUCCAGAUCAAAGACUUGCUGCGAAAUCUUGAUUAUCUCGAUUUCUUUAGUGACUUGAAAAGUCGAGAAGCACAGUACGAUAGGGGUCACACCAUUGUGAAUAAAUUAGUCAACGUCUGCUUGCUGGAAAAAUCAGGGCUUCCCUCUUAUGAACGUUUAAAGAUGCACGAUUUAGUCAGGGACAUGGCAAUCAAUAUGAUGGGCUCUCAAUGCAUGGUGAAAGCCGGGCUAGGUUUGUGCACAAUUCCAGCGCAGGAAGAAUGGUUUAAGGACUUAGAGAAAGUAUCCUUGAUUAAAAAUUCAUUAAUCGAAAUACCAGCAGUGAGACGGCGAAGCUGGGAUCUGCCUCAACUUUUGGAGCUUUAUAUGAGUUAUAAUAUCUUGAAAAGGAUAGAUGGUUCAUUCUUUUGUUGCAUGCCCGCUCUUCAAGUUCUGGACCUGUCUAUGACGAGUAUUGAGAUGUUGCCCAGUUCAAUCUCUAACCUGGUGAACCUCACGCAUUUGUUACUGCGUCGUUGUAAAUGCUUAUGGCGCGUGCCUUCAUUGGCAAAACUGAGGGCAUUGAGAACGUUGGAUUUCUCUGGCAGUGCUAUUGAAAAAGUCCCUGCAGGACUGCACAAAUUGGUGAAUUUAAGAUGCCUGGAUUUUGGCAAGUCAAAUCUAGAGAAAUUGCCUCCUGGAAUUCUGCCCAAGCUCUCUAACAUGCAAACCCUAAAUCUUAAGAGUCAAUGCAACAGCUUGAGAGUACAGGCUCAGGAAAUAAUGAGUUUGAGCAAGUUGGAGAAGCUGAGUUGCAAGUUUGGCGAUGUCCAAAACUAUGACUUGUAUGUGAAACAUUUACAGGCUGGCGGUCCCAAGGAGUGGGAAAUUGAGUUAAUUGAAGGUCCUUGGGAUGAUAAUUACUUCGUUGGGGAUGUUCCCACUAGAACAGUGAGGCUGCUUGGGUGUCAUGUCGGAGGAGAUGGACCUAAAACCCCCCGUCUGCUCCCAAAAGAUGUUCAGCUCUUGGAGAUCACAGGUGCAGUUGAUGAGCCUAAGAGCUUGACGGACAUUCCAAUCAUAACAAACUCAAAGCUGACGAUGUUGACACUGAGUGGGAUACGCGGCAUGAAGUAUGUGGUGUCACAAUCCUCAUCUUCUCCUCUUCCAAGCCUAGAAUCUCUCGAACUUGGAGGCAUGACGGAUCUACGUGCGCUAGCUGAGGAAGAACCCUGUGCUGUUGCGCCUGCAGUCCCAGGAGUGCUAUAUGAAGGUGACAAGUUUUGGGGUCUCAAGGAACUCACUAUCUUUGAAUGUCAAAAAAUGAAGAGGCUCCUGACGCAUGUGUUGCUACCCCUCCUUUCAAACCUGGAGGAGCUUUUUAUCAAUGGGUGUGAUCAAAUGGAGGAGGUCAUAGCAAUGACGGAAGUAGAUAUGGGGUGUAAGGAAGAGGGAGACACCAGAGGGAGCUAUACGAGGAGUGAGGCCAAUCAUGUUCAUCUCGCUUCCGCUCUAUCCCUCCCUAAGUUGAAGACCUUAAAGUUAGGGAGUCUUCCUGCACUAAAAAGCAUAUGUGGGGCGACGAUAAGCUGUCAUUCUCUCCAAAAAAUAUACUUACGGGGAUGUCCGAAGCUAGAAUGCAUUUCUCUCCUUGUGCAACUCCCUCGAGAUGGGGAACCUCCUUCUGGUUGUCUACAAAGAAUUUGGCUUCCAAGUGGUGAGGAGGAAUGGUGGAAAUCGGUGGUGUGGAACGAUUCCCUUUCCAAGUCCUUUCUUGACCCGUACGUUAAAUACUGGUGACGGAAUUGUGUUUUUCUUCGGUGAUGUGGGUAACAUUAUGCACGCACUUCACCCCAACUGUUGAAUUGUUAAAUUGUGCGGGUCAUGUAGGACACGCAUGAUCCAAGGGAUGUGACAAUGUCCAACUUGUGU